AUGGCCCUUUCCUUGCUCCGCAACAAUCCCUCUGCGUGGUUUCGUGAUGCCACUAUUGGGACCGUGUGUUGCUGGCUGCCGAGCCAGUUGCAUUCAUCGACUACAGUGAAGUACCAUAUGGUAGCGGGCGAGAGCUUCCAGAGUACGAACUGGAUGGUUGAAGACGAUGAUGCUUGUAAAGAGCUGGUUCGUUCUGCUGGAGCAAGGCUGUAUGGAGUCGACAACGGGCCCUGCCCUUCUGUGCACUGGACUUCCGUCAAGGUCAAUGUCAACAUCUCAGGCACCCCUGGCUCGGGCUUUCUGUGGGGUUCCCUCUCACCACGGCCUGACAACAUCCGAAUCUUCAAGGAGCCCGCGGAUGCUUGUGCGCUACAUGGUUGCGAGGCCAUGAUACUGCGUGACUGUACCGCCAGUACGGACAUGCUUAUCGGAAUCGAUAGCAUUGCAGAGCGCACAUGGGACAUCCUGUGUAUGAAGAUGAGCGAGGAUUAUGACUAUCCAUGGAUGGCUGUUGCGGUGAAGGAUGCCGGCCCUUUACCCGACCUGGACUCUGAUAGCUGUGGUUGCCAGGACCCAUCGGCGUGUGGAUGCAUCAUCAUAGGAUGA